CAUACAUACAUACAUACAUACAUCAGAGCAAAAUCUCUAAAUCUUCACUCGCAGUCUGGCUCAAUCAAGCAGCCUAGCUUGCAAGCUAGACAGGACCAUUUCUGAUCAGGUUGAAGCUGGGAAUCAAACAGCAGAACAGAACGGUCCCCAGUUUGGAUAACAGCAUACCCACAGAACCAAUUUCACCACUUUCUCCCCCCACCCCAACCCACUUCUUUCCCUUAUCCCCGUAGACAAGAAAGUAGAAAACUAAAAAGAUCAAAGAUGCUUCUCAAUCUCACCUUGUUCUGUGUCCCUUUCCAGGCCGGAAUCUUCACAGCCACACAGUAGCGACUCAGAAAAUCAGUUUCUACUUGAGAGGCUCAGAGCAAUACCAUUCCUGGAUUUCAAAGUUCACACAAGAAUACCCAUCAGAGAAAUCCUUAGCAGAUUUUGCCUCCACCGAACGGAAAAUCUGACUCGAAAAUCAGUUUCUAGUCUAGAAGCUGAAACUGGUAUUGUUCCAGGAUUUCAAAGUUCAGACUCAAGAAAACGCAUCAGAUCAAUCCUUACCUGCGGGUGCUACAAGUUUUGCUUCCACCCAUCACAGAAUCUGCCACAAGCCCACAAUAGCAGUGACUCGGAAAUCAGUAAAACCCAUCGAAAUUCUUAGCAGUGGGUGCUUCAAAUUUUGCUUCAACCCAAAAACCAGUUGUUAUCCAAGAAGCAGAAGGCAAUACCGUUCUGUGCUUCAAAGUUAAGACACAAGCAAGCAAAACCUUCAAAAUCCUUCUUCGGUUCAAGAUACACCAGAAAAGGAAAACCUGUGGGCGGUGAAUAUGCAUCGACGUCUUCUGGACGCCGGGCUAAGUGUGUCUCCGGCAUAUGGGAAUAAGACCCGCGAAUCGUUCGUGGGCGAUGUAAACUUCGACGCGAACAUGGUGAUCAUAUUGGCGGCUCUGUUGUGCGCAUUAAUAUGCGCGCUUGGAUUGAACUCGAUAGUGCGAUGCGUGUUGCGUUGUGGCCGAAGAUUUUCCACGGGGACCACAGAACAAACAACUGCUAGGCUUGUCUCAACGGGCCUGAAGAAACGUCAUCUGAGUCAGAUUCCGGUGAAAGUUUACGGGCCCGCGGCGAAUAUUCCGGCGACGGAGUGCCCGAUAUGCCUCGGGGAGUUCGAGAAAGGAGAUAAGGUGCGAAUGCUGCCAAAAUGCAAUCACGGGUUCCAUGUUAGUUGCAUAGACACAUGGCUUCUGUCACAUUCUUCUUGCCCCAACUGUCGCCAUUCGCUGCUUGAGAAACCCACAAAUUCAAAAUCCAAUUCCAAUUCUAAUAGGAGGAGUGAAGGAGGAGAAGUCGCCGGAGCUCGGGAUCCGGCAGAUGGAUCCGGCAACAUGCAAGUCCCCGUUGCGGUGGUCGACGAGCAGGCAAGUUGAAGAACAAAUCAGAUGGAUUUGUAGAAAUCUUAUUUUCUGCCCGCAACCGCAAGUUAGAAAUUUAAUUUUAAUUUUAAUAAUAGUAAUUAGUAAUUAGCACUCUUUUCAGUGA